AUGGGUGACUGGAGCUUCUUGGGAAACAUAUUAGAGGAAGUAAAUGAACACUCAACGGUGAUUGGGAGGGUGUGGCUCACAGUGCUCUUCAUCUUCCGGAUCCUCAUCCUGGGCACAGCCGCUGAGUUUGUGUGGGGCGACGAGCAGUCGGAUUACGUGUGCAACACCCAGCAGCCUGGUUGCGAGAACGUGUGCUACGACGAGGCUUUCCCCAUCUCGCACAUCCGUCUGUGGGUUCUCCAGAUCAUCUUUGUGUCUACACCCUCGCUGGUGUACGUGGGCCACGCUGUGCACUAUGUCCACAUGGAGGAGAAGCGCAAGGAGCGCGAGGAGGCUGAGUUGAACCGCCAGCAGGAGCUGAGUGAGGAGAGGUUGCCGCUAGCGCCUGACCAGGGCAGUGUGCGCACCACCAAGGAGACCAGCACCAAGGGCAGCAAGAAGUUCAGGCUAGAGGGCACCCUGCUGAGGACCUACAUCUGCCACAUCAUCUUCAAGACGCUAUUCGAGGUGGGAUUCGUGGUGGGCCAGUACUUCCUGUACGGCUUCCGCAUCCUGCCGCUGUACCAGUGCAGCCGCUGGCCCUGCCCCAACACCGUGGACUGCUUCGUGUCGCGCCCCACCGAGAAGACUGUCUUCAUCAUCUUCAUGUUGGCCGUGGCAUGCGUCUCGCUCUUCCUCAACUUUGUGGAGAUCAGCCACCUGGGCCUGAAGAAGAUCCGCUUCGUGUUCCGCAAGCCGCCGCCCCAGACCCAGGGCGGUCAGGACGGCGAAGACCAGAGCCCCCCUGAGGAAAAGAGCCUGCACUCCAUGGCCGUGUCGUCCAUCCAGAAGGCCAAGGGCUACCGGCAGCUGGAGGAGGACAAGCACGCAUCGCACUUCUUCCCCUUAACAGAGGUGGGCAUGGAGGCAGGCAGGCUGCCCGUACCUUACCAGGUGGAAAGUGAGAAUGUCUCUAAAGUGUACGACGAGUCUUUGCCUUCCUACGUCCAGACCACUGGGGCAGAGGUGAGGGUCCUACCGGAAAGCGGCGAGGACGAGGGCCCCGCGGACCCCGACAUUGAGGCUACCGACACGAUAGCAGACACCAGACCACUCAGCAGUUUAAGCAAAGCCAGCAGCAGGGCAAGGUCAGAUGAUUUGACAGUAUGA